AUGCCCGGCCGGGCCAUGCCCCCGGCCCGCCCCAGGCCCCGGGCGGGGCUGCCCAGUGCCCGGCCCGGGGCGUCCCACCACGGUCUCGCCUCCGGCCGGCUCUGGCCGUGCUGGCGGUGGCGCUGCUGGGCGGGCAUCAGUGCCUGGGGCUGGGGCGGCAUCGCCUCCCUUUGGCUCCGCCUGUCCAAGUGGCCCCGGCCCCGGCCCCAGCCCCGGCCCUGGGUGCGGCUCCUGCCAGGGCCCGCGGAGGACACAGGCGGCGCGGCCGCUCCCGCCGCUUCCACUGCGGCUUGCAUGGCCCGAGCUCCGCCACUCGGCAGCGCGGCCGCCAGCCCCGACCCGCCGCUGUCUCGUUCCCGGGAGCGAACGCCUGGGCAUGGCUGGUCCGGAGCGCUUGAGGGGCGCUCGGGGGCCGUUGCUGGCCCCGGGCCGAGUGCUGACAGCCGCAUCCCGCGGGCAGGGAAGGCGCAGCAGGGCCUGAAGGAGCAGGACAGGCUGGGCUCGCUGCUGGGGUGCGGCGGCUUCGGCAGCGUCGUCGCGGCCACGCGGCUCUCUGACGGCGCCCCGCCCGCUGCUGCCCUUGGCUUGCCCUUGGUGGCCAUCAAAAGGGUGCCACGGAAGCGCGUCCAGCACUGGGGCGAGCUGCCCGACGGCACGAGCGCAGCCCUGGAGAUCGUGCUGCUGGCCAAGGUGUCCACUGUCUUCCCUGGUGUGGUCCAGCUGCUGGAGUGGCUUGAGCUCCCCAAUGACAUCGUGCUGGUGCUGGAGUGGCCGGAGCGCUCUCAGGACCUGCAGCAUUUCAUUGAGGCACGGGGGUUCCUGCCCGAGGAGGCGGCACGGGAGCUGUUCCGCCGGGUGCUGGAGGCCGUGCGGCACUGCACCAGCUGCGGGGUCCUGCACAGGGACAUCAAACCAGAGAACAUCCUGCUUGACCUGGACACCCGGCAGGCCAAAUUGAUCGACUUUGGCUGUGGCACCUACCUGCAAGAGACAGCCUACACUCACUUUGCAGGAACACGGUCAUACAGCCCCCCAGAAUGGACCCACUUUGGCUGGUACUAUCUGGGGGGCAAGCCAGCUACCAUCUGGUCCCUGGGCAUCCUGCUGCACCAGAUGCUCUGCAGGGAGUACCCUUUCAGCAGGGGCCAGAACAUCGGCUGGGACCAUCAGCUCUCGCUGCCACAAGGGCUCUCCCAAGAGUGCCAAGAUCUGAUCAGGCAGUGUUUAUCCAUGCUGGACUUGGAAAAGCCCUCAUUAGAGGAGCUGCUCUGUCAUCCUUGGAUGCAGGAUAUUCAUGUGCCCUAG